CAUCCAGGACAGAAAUCAGCAGCAGACUUGGAGGAUUCCAGUUCCUUUCUUGUUUCAUCAGCGCCGGGCACUUUGUGGAGCCAUUCCGUAUUUGCCGGGAUGUCAUCGUGGCUGAAAAGGACUCUCGUUAAGCGUGCAGCCUUUACAAGCCAAACACAGCGCCAAGAUGUCUCACGUCUUGUGAAUGGAGUCAUUUUUCAGAAAUGUGCCUCUGUAAAUAGCCUGGAAGACCCUCAAACUGCCAACAUCAGCCUGGUCACAAACCUUACAGAUGUGUCAUCUUCUGCAGCGAACCUUUCUAAUCUCGUCCUCCAAGAUAACAUUGCGGAUGUCAUUGUUCAGGAUGUCAGCUAUAAUAUCAGCAGCUCUGUUGAUGGAAUUCAGACAUAUCAGAAAGAAUUUCUAAAAGCUGGAGACUAUUUUCUUAUAAAAUACACUUUAUCUCUGAACAUGACUACUGUCAAGGAUGGAAUGGAACUUUUAUUACCCGCUCAGCUAGCCUACCAAAAUUCUUCCCAGAUCACAGCAACGUUUCGUGAUGUGGCUAAUUUUACAAUUACAGCACAGCAGAACCUCAAAGUGCUCCCCAAUAAUGGAAUACAUGGCGCUGGAUUUGUGAUUGCAUUUUUUGUUUCAUUCAUUUUGACGUGUGUUAUUUUUGCCAUCCUUUAUUACACAAAAAGAUUGAACUGGAGAUUUACUCGAAAAUUGCACAAGGUUAAUUGUGAGGAGCAAUUAGAACCGUUACAAACCAAGACAUCAGACAGUGCUAACGAAGAUUUCCUUAUAACAGACAGAAUGAUUGACAUAUUGGCGUUUGACGAAUCCGAUAAUAUGCUUCAAGCACUGGACGACUCAGAAAUUGCUAAUUUACCGCACGCCGAUGCUUACCUGGAACACUGCCGAAUGCAUAUAUACAAAGAUUCCACGGAGAUAAUGUUUAGAAGCAUGUCAGUUGUUGGGGACCUUACAUCUCAGGAGGAAAAGAGGCUUACCAUCGCCUUGAUUGAACACUGGCUGAACCUGGAAAAGAGGAUACAGGAAGAACAUCAGCGCAAGAUGGUGGCUCUCACAGCAGAGUGCAAUUUGGACACCCGCAAACAAAUGGACAUGCAAUAUCGCAAACAGAAGGCAGCAAGUGAAGAAGCUGAAGAAAUAAUGAAACAUGUUGGAGAAAAGUCUCUCGCAGAAUACAGACUUGUUCUGGACAAACUGCAUGGAUUAGAACAAAGUGAAAUGAAGAGACUACUCCUGUGUCAACAAGAAGAGGAAUUUGCGAAGGCCUACAGACAGUUGAACAUCUGCCACAGGAAUGAGCUACAUAAUAUCUACUUUGACCAGAUGCAGGACUCUGUUUCCAGAGGGAAAAUUAAACCAGAUGUUCAACGAGUGUUAAUGGAAAACUAUUUAAAAGUCCAGACUGAACAAGAAGACCUCUUGGACUUCAUGCAAGCCAUUAAGAAAUACCAUAUGAACAAAAGACUUGCUGUUCGAAAGAAUUUAAUAUACAACAUCCAGCUUUGCGACAGCAGAUCUAGAUGUUUGUUAAAUACAGCGGCCACACAGAUAGCGAGUCUUAUUAACAAGACUGAAAGGGCUGGACACAUGACAGAAGGCCAAGUUGAGAUGCUCUUACAAAAAGCUCAAGCCGAAGUCAUAAAAGUGAAACAGAAGUUGGAAAAUGUAUUAAAGGCAGAAAAACGUAAAUUACACCAAAAACUUAGUACACGGAGGAAACGUCACUUGGUACAAACGCUAAAAGAACAAAAGAAGGAGCAGAGUACAAUACAGGAAGUAUGUCGAAGCAGUAAAGAUGUACGACACUAUUUGGAGCACUGGAAAAAGCUAUUUAGUGAUCAGUGCCAGGAACUCGACGAGGUUUUUGAACAGCACGAUAAUGAUGCUGUCGAGGAACUAAAAGCACUUAAAUGUAACCUGACGGAGAAAGCAAUUGAAGAUCUCUGCCUCAUUCAGAAUACUGUAAUUAUGCAGGAUAUGUUAAAGCUCAACGUGCCUAGAUCUCACCUCCAACAAGUAAUAGAGGAGCACAAACGGGACACCGCACGUCUGGCUCAGCAGCUGGAGAAGGAAGAGACUGACAAGGCAAACGAUUCAAGAACAUCUCUGGAGAGCACCAAGCGGAAGCUUGACGAUGAAGUCAAGCUCACUAUCAAAGAACAAAAGAAUCUGAGGAACUGGGAACAGUUGCUGUUAAUAAGGAUCCUUCAGAUACCACUUUCUUUGUGUAAUGAAGAUAUAAAUAAAAUAAGACAAGAGUUCCAGAGUGGCUUUUCUCAGAUGGAUAUUUCUUUGGCUCUCCCCAAAAUACAAGGAAGAAGGUUACUCCAGACAUAUCUAGCUGAAUGGAGACACGAACAGCUGCAUAACGUGGACCAACGCCUGAUAGGCAUGGAGAUGCAGUCCUUUUCGAAGAUGAAGAAACAUCCUCCGGAUAAAACCGUAGAGGUGCUGAAGAAAUCUGUCGAGGAUAAAAUUCUGAUUUAUGAAACACAAAUUACAGAUGACAAGAUUAAGCAGGCCAGAGGAGAACUGCUACUUCAAAGAGUGCAUCAGUUAAAAGCUAGAGAAUAUAAACUAGGUGAAUUUAUAACUUCUAUACAGUUCCAGUUGAUUAAUUACAAAUUCAAGGCUUUGGAGAUUCAUACAGCGCUUCUCCACCUCCAGGCCUUGCUCUUGGAAGAAAUAAGCCGAUCACAGAUCUUGGCAAAAUCAGAGUAUGGACAGCUUUUAGAGGUCCAGAUAAAUGAAAUCCGAGAUAUCGAUCAGAAUUUGGACACCUGGAUACACAAAGAAGUGCUUCCUAAUAAGCCUGUGGCAAAUGAUAAAAUGAAUUCUUCAGCCGAUAGCAAUGAAGAACCAGACAUGCCAUUGUCAUCUGCUCUGCGUUCAGCCCUUAACAAGCGGAGAUAUAUCAUAAAUCACAACAGAGAAAGAAUGCAGAAAGAGGAAAUUGAAUAUGUGUUGUUUGAAGAUCAAGAAGACAAGGCACUAAUGGAUAUAUUCCUCAGGCUGUACAAUCAGGAUGUAAGAUUGGCAGCUUAUUUGACUAAACGAGCCAAGUUACCAGAGGAGAUGUUGCACAGAGUCCUGAACCUUCUGCUACCUUCCAGUCUGGAGAAUGAAAUCCUUUCUGUUCUAUAUUCAGUGGGUCAUAAAUAUUCAGGGAAUGUUACUGAAACUGACAGCAAUGAGGAUGAAGCUGACAGCUGGAGGAAGAGAAAAUACCAGGAGCUGUGGACAGUUAUAGAGAAGAGGCUAAAAGAAGGACUAGGAAACCCGGAAGUAGAGAAAACCACAGUUAGCGGAAGAAAGAAAAGAAGCAUUCUGAAAAAGAAACGCUUGCGGCCUGUGAAGCGUGUCUCAUUCUCCCACACUGAGAACUUCUCAAAACUUCUUCAGUCCUGUGAAACAUUUGGAAGUGCGGAGGCAAUAGAUUUACCAGACACUGGAGAGAAACUGUUUAUCUUCACCGCUCCCAGCGAGUCUCCCAACUCUUAUACCAAGUCCAAGAAGAAGCGCAAUUUCCUAAAUUCUAUAAGAACUACCACUACUCAUUAAAAGCUGGGAAAACUGGGGGGAUACACCCAGGAACUGGGAUCUUUUUAUAUUUUAAUUCAUCCUUUUGCAGUUUUGUUGGGAGGAAAAAUUGCACUGCAACCACAUAUUUUAUUUUUUUUAAUAUUCAUCCAUUAUUUUUUACGUUUUUGAUCUCGGAUUUGCACUUUUCUUUCUGUAUAUAAUUCCUGUGUAUUAAAUAUUAAUUUACGCAUACAAUUUAUUUUAAAAAAAAAUAUAUAUAUAUGAAAAGUUAAAUAUUUGCAUGGAUUUGAUCAACAUAAUCUGCUUUAUUUAUCUAUGAAUAAUCAGAUUGCACAGCUUAAAAUGGAAGGUUUUUUGUUUUUGUUUUUUUCAAAUUCCAAGGCUCUAGAUUCAUACUGAAGAUAUGUGUAUUAUUAAUGGCAAUAUGUCAUCAAGCCAAUGACUGUAA